AAUAAAAGCUUUCACGCAUUGAGGAGAGAAAAAAAAAUAAGUGUCGCCUGAUGGUGUUAUCCAGAAAAAAAAAAGGAAAGCAGACACACACUGACAUGCAGAAUAAGUGUUGCUGUUUGAGAGAGAGUUGGCACGGAUUGUAAUGGAGAGGAGGGUUUUACAGAACCCGAGUCGCAGUGUUCGCCAGCUCUUUGUUGUGUAGGAGAGAGAGAGAGAGAAAGAGGGCAGAGAAGGAGAGGAAUCUCGGGAGGCAGCAGUAGCUCCUGUUCGUCCUAUCGAGACAGGGAGGGGGGGAAACAAAAAGGCACCAGGAGGUUUUUUUUUAUUUUUUGGCGAGGGUGAGGGGAGAGGAGAGUAGGAUGGAGGCGCCGCUGCUGAAGGUGAUGGGGGCUGCAGCGGGGGAUGUCAGCUCCAAGGUGAGCGCCGAGCUGGAGGUGAAGAAGCUGCAGGAAUUGGUGAGGAAGCUCGAGUGGCAGAACGAGCAGCUCAAGAGCCGGGCGAGCGCUGCUGCCGCCGCCGCCGCUGCCGCUGCCUCUGCCUCCUCCUCCUCCUCUCCGGCUCUCCUCUACCCUCCUGCCAGCCCGGCUUACUGCCCUCCUCCCCCGGGCUCGGCUGCUUACCCCAGCGCCAGCACCACCAGCAGCAGCAGCUACCACCACCUCCCCCCGGCUCCCAGUCACUGCCGGCCACCUCCCGGCAGCAGCGAAGCGGCUCCCCGGACAUUGAGCUGCUCCGGCUCGGCCAGGCUGCUCCUGGAGGAGGUGGACACCCUGGACCUGGACAACGGCCGCUGCAGCGGAGACGAGGACAACUGGUUGUAUGUUUCACCAAGGAAGCAACCCACUGUGGAACAGAAAGCUCGGAGUCCUUUAGAAUGGUGCAGACAGGUGCUUGACCACCCAGGUCAUGAGAUUGAGGCAGCAAAACGCUCAUUGUGUUUCAGACUUGAUCAAGGCUACGCAAGUAGAAAUCUUCCACUCAGCCCACAAUCAUCAAUUGACAGUGAACUGAGCACCUCUGAGCUGGAUGAUGAAUCUAUCUCCAUGGGUUAUAAACUACAGGACUUGACAGAUGUCCAGAUCAUGGCAAGACUACAAGAAGAAAGCCUGCGACAAGAUUAUGCUUCCACUUCAACAACAAUCUCUCAACGCAGCUCCAGUACAUCAUUAUAUUCGGCAAAGCGAGGGACAAGCAGUGACCAGGAGUACGACUGCUGCAGUCUAGAAGAUGAAGAGGAAUUUGACCAACUUCCUCCACAACCUCGACUCACGAGAUGCUCCCCACCGUUGCGGAGUAUGCCACAUUCACAGACUUUUGCCAGCAUGAGAGAAUGCAGAAGAGGCCCCACCCCUUCCUCCUACUUGCAAUCCAGUGCUUACCCAUCCUAUUACUCACAGGGUCACACACCUGAUCAACAUCAGUACCGAACAAGUGCAGAAAAACUCAGACGCAGUAUGCCAAACCUGGCUCGUUCAUUCAGUGCUACUAGUUCACCGGACUCCUUUAAGAAUAGCAGAAGUUUUGAUUCAAACCUACAGAAUGGAAUUUCACGACUCCAGUCACCAGCAUGCCCUUCACUAAAUAAGCUUCAGCACCGGGUCAACAGCGUUGGCCAUUUUCCAUUGUCAGUCCGGCAGCCACCUAAAGCAACCGCGUAUGUGAGUCCAACCGUGAGCAACACAAACGGGAUCCACACGUCUGUCAGUUUGCAUUCCAUUUCGAGCACUGGCAUCCCUUUACCAAACAGGCCUGGAAACACGGGAAUUCCAGGUCGGAGUGGCCUUCCCAGACCAACAUCCGCCAUCGGAGGUAGCGGAAUACCCAGAAGCAAACUGGCGCAGCCCGUUCGAAGCUUUCUUCAGCCUCCAAAGCCCCUUACUGCACUCAGUUCUCUUAAGGAUGGAAGCUGGAGAGAUGGCUGUUACUGACGUUCGCUGCCCCAGAGACUGUUUAAGCAGAAGGAGCUGUUACACAAUGAUGCCCAGCUGGCUGGGUUUAGACAUGUCACAAGAUGUUUGUACCUACAGUUGGUUUCAGUGAAAAUGCUAAAAAAAAUCUAAGUGAGGCACACAAUUACAUAAGUUUUGUUAAUAAGUAAUAUAAGCGAACUAACUGUUGUAAUAGUGUGCUUUUAAACCUUGGCCCCGCACAUUGUAAUAAUCUCAAACUUGCAGAUGCAAUACUAUCAGUGCAAAAUGCCUCUUGACCAAAUUCAAUUUGUUUACUGUUAGGUUUGCAUUGUUCACGUUUCAAACAGCAAUCAACAUUACAAUUUGCCAUAAGAGGGUUUUUUUUCUUAGAAAAUGAAAUUAACUUUGCCUUUAUUGAUUGCAUUUGAACAAAACUGCUAACUUCUUGAGUUGGGAACACUUCAUUUUCAGUGUGUGCUGCAAACUAGCACUUGUUAAGCAAAACUGUCAUACCUCAACUAAAAACAAUAGUUAUAAAAACUCCAAUAAUGUUGCAAAUGGGAUUUAAUAAUCUCUCAAACUGCAGAGAACUUAUUCUCCACAGAUCACCCUUGCUAUAUUGACGGACAUUUAGUCAACACUUGUGUUUUCUUUCCUAGCAGGACCAUGUGGAGGUACAAUUCUCUAUGGCCCAGAAAUCUGAUAGGCCACAGCUAAUGUAACUAAUACCCCAAGCACAAUACGACUACCGGUUAUUUUAAUUCCAUGGUAGGAUGGAAUGUUCCAUCCUAGGGUGCAUUUUGUGAGUCUUUACAAUGCUCGUCCAUGGGGCGUGUUUAACCAGCCAUGACAGGCAAAAGGUGGACAGCAGGUACUUGGAUAUUAGGGAUGACUGGGUAGACCUUGUUUCCGUGUGACAGAUGGCCUUCCAAUUCACCAAGCAUAAAAUCCGCCAGCAAUGGAGAGAGACAAGUUAUUGUCAAAGGGUUAGUGACCAUUAGACCAAACCCAGAAAUAUGAUCUGAUGCUUUGCUUUAUUAUGGUAAAUACACAUCAGCAACAAAUCAGAAUAAUAAGAACAAUUGAACUCUGCAUUAACUCAUGGUUACUGAAAUUAGUAACUGAGGCUCUGCUGUAUCAGUCUUACUUUCCAUUCCCAUAAAUUGGGACUCUGAUGUUACCUAGGUGGAUUAUUAUCAGAUUACAUUGUCUCUCUGGUUAGAUAACAAGAGGUGCUUCCUUCAGUGUCCAAUUUGACUUCACCAGCUAGAAAAGUUCUUCAUGUCCCUGGGUUCCUUACAUUUGAUCCUGAGUUACCCAAUUUGGUUGAUGGCUGGGCACGUGUUUGAUAUUAUAAGACGUAGGAGCAGAAAUUAGGCCAUUUGGCCCAUCAAGUCUGCCCUGCCAUUCAAUCAUGGCUGAUAAGUUUCUCAACCCCAUUCUCCCACCUUCUCCCCGUAACCUUUGAUCCCCUUACCAAUCAAGAACCUAUCUAUCUCGGUGUUAAAUACACUCAAUGACCUGGCCUCCACAGCCUUCUGUGGCAAUGAAUUAUAAGAUCAUAAGACAUAGGAGCAGAAAUUAGACCAUUCGGUUCAUCGCAUUAUCUUGCAUCAUCUUGCUCUUAACCUUGUUACCGAUGUUGUAGGUUAAGGUCUUGUUGCCAACCCUCCAGGUGUGGGUCGUCCUAUACAGAUCUCCCCAAGUCUUCCAGUUUUAUGACUUGUAGAUAAUCAAAAGAAUUUCUAUGCUGCCUCUGCCUGUAGGGAAUUGAUCUAUACAGGUAACACUGCUGUGUGUCCUCUGAGCAGUAAUUUUAGCCAACAUUCAAUUGUUUUGUUAGUAGGACCAUGUAGAGGUAUGACUCACUGUGACAUAGAACACACCAGGUGGUCAUGGUUACAGUAACUAGAUCUCUCUUGCCAUUUGAGGCCUAAUGGAGGAAUGUUUUAAUAGCCAUACAAACCAAUGAAAGGUGUAUCAAGGGCCCAUAGGAAUUUGUGAGUCAGAUCCAAAGUUCAUAUCCCCUUUAUAUGAGUCAUAGUUGCCCCUGUCUUAAUAAAACACCCACAGGAGUGUGCUUUCCGAGUAUUAAUGUGGCCCAUUUGUGGUGCUCAUUGAAAAGCCUAGGCAAGUAAGGACAGGAGGAGGGGACAAGGGAUGGGAGAAAAAAGGAAUAAAACAAGGGCGACUUAAUAUGAGAUGUAGACUGUGGAUUCACUAUCACUAAAUCUACCACUGGGAUUAUCCUUGUCUUUAACAAUCAACAACCUCUGUAUAAGCUUUCUUGUAGUCAUGGAUUUAGUAUCUUUAUAGGCUUUCAAAAAGGUCUUAUACACAAGCUUAUGAGGUAGAUUUUACGUGAGGGUUUCAGGAACUGGCAGAAGCAACUCUAGCAUCCUCAUGGCUAAUAUACUUAACAUCUAUUUUCAUUGGAGAAAGGCUAAAAAUGACAUACCUGGGUCCAAUUGGCGAGGAUCAAUUUUGCAGGGUGGUCCAGUUGUUUUGCUAGAGAAUUUGUGCAUCGCAUUCUGCCGGGGACUUGGUCUCUGCAGACUGCCAUGACAAUACAAUUUCUGUGCAACAUCAUUUUAGCCAAAGCAGAUAUAUUAUUUCUAGUGAAGUAGCAAAGAGAUACAACUUACUAUGGGUGAGCAUGCAACCCAGAGUGCCAGAACCAGCCCCAUCAAAGUCAUAAGAGAAUUGUAGUUAUUCCCACCUAUUCCUAGCUCUGGUCUCCCUUGUAAGUGGAAAUAUUUUCAAUACAUUGACAUCAACAAACCCUUUUCAUGUUUUUUUAGGAGCUCUAUGAAGGCAACUCCGUUUUCUCUUUUCUGGAGAAAAGGGCCCUAGCCUGCUCAAACUUUCCUAAUAGGUCAAACUUCUCAGUUCUCGUAUUAUCCUUGUUAAUCUUUUUGAAUCUUCUCCAGUGCCUCUAUACCCUGUUUAUAAUCUGGAGACCAGAAGUGUUCCUGUAGCCCAAGUGUGGCCUAACCAAGAUUCUAUACAACUUUAACGCAACUUCUCUGCUUUUCAGUUCUGUCCCUCUUGAAAUGAGCCUCAGAGCUUUGUUUGCAUUUCUGUCAACCUGUUAACCUACAUGUAGUGAUUUUUGUUCCUGUACUCUCAUAUCCUUCUGCUCUUCUACCCCAUUUAUGACACUUAUUUUCUGAUGCACUGGUAAAGGCAUUGCACUGGUAAAGGCAUUGCACUGAACCAGAGUCUACAUGUCACCCAUGUCCCAUACACUCAAACUCCCAGUACUUCACUGGAAAGCUUUUACUUCAAUUGUCAAAUUUCUGCUGCCAGCUUAGCUGACCCUUUUGGUCUGUGUGGUUCCGCAAUUUAUUGACUGAAUCCACUGCAGGGGAGUUUGCGUCAUUUCAAGUCUCUCGUAUAAUUAAAUGCUUUUAUACGUAAAUAUCAAAACUUUGACCGCAGUAAUCACUUUCAAUAAAGCACUCCAAUUUUAUCAUUAACGAGAAGGCUCUACUAUGGCAAAGAGAAAAGUGCUGAACUCUGAACACAGAAUCCUGGAAGUUGCCUGGCAUCUGAGAGAGAAGGCUAGCUCAAGCUAUUUCUAGCAUUCCUGCUCUUAUUGCGAUUUCUGUUCCAGGUGCACAAGUUCUGAACAUGUUCUGCUCCUCUCUCCAUUUUGAUUAAUGAAGGAACAGAUGUUGAUCAAACUAUUUUACAUUUCUUUCAAUAUUCAUCCCUAUUGAUUUAAGUUCCUCUGGUGUAACUAGAUGUAAAAGGGAACAUUUAUACAGUGCUACUAAGUCAAUUGUUACACAUAUAAACUGCACAUUUCAGAGUGUUCCCAGCCAUUUAAACACAGGCUAUACGAUCAUAUUUAGAAGUGUACUGGAAUAUUGACUAUGAAAGUCAAAAUGCUUUUAAUAAUUGGUCUAUUACAGUUUUGUUAAACAAGUAUAGUUUCGGAAAGCCAUUUGAGAUGAAGUAACUGUUGACUAAUGGAAAAUCUGGCCUGCAAAUUUGAUGUCGAGCCAAUUACAUUGAGCACUGCAGCAAUAUUUUGUUUCUGUUUUUCACAAUACCUGUAUGGUCAGCAUGUCUGUGAAAGUCAAAUACGAACAUCUUUUCUUGUGCCAUAGUUCAAAUGAUAAAGCCAGUAAAAAUUGACAGUAAUGGAGUUUCACAGCAUUUAGGGGUAAGGAAAUUCACAUCAUCACUGACUACUUGUUUUUUUUAUGUUAAUUUAUUAUUCAUAAAUUAUUUGUUCUAUCAGUUGUGAUGAAGCACAUUGCACUUAAACCCAGCAAUGACCAUGUAUGCGACAGUUUGAGCUGAAUUUUUUUAGAAUAAUAAGUGAGCAUUUUGAAAAGUUUUAUUAAUAUUAGUAUUGAGAAAAAGGUGCACUUUUUAACGGACACUCAACAACAUAAUUUUUAUAAAAGUUUUACAGGACUACUUAAAACACAAAUUCAUGUAAUAAUGCUGUACAAAGGUAUUGCUGAAAUGCCAAAUACAUUAAGCCAAUUACUCUUGCAUUUUACUAAAUAUUGCUUAUAAAAUAUAAUACAUUAUUGCCAUUUGAUGUAGGAAUGUAUUAAUGAUUUUAUGCAAUAAUUUUUUUUCCUCCCCUUUUGGAUGAGUUAUGCUAUACUUUUAAAUAAUAGCUUAACUUGACCAGGACCAACAAAGAAUGUUAUUACCAACAUCAUUUCACUUUUGCGGUUGAUGGAUCUGAAUCAUUGAAAAUAAAAUACUUUCCAUGUUGCAAAUGUAA